ACCUUACAAUUAUAAUACCCGCUAAUCCCCUAUAACGGGGCGAGGUGUAUAAACGGGCUAUUUACAAUACUAAGUAGGUAUAUAUUUAAACGUUAAAAACUGGCGCUACUUAAAUAUAACCCCUAUUAGCACACCGAAAACAGUUUAAGAUCUCAGUAGUGUGUACAGGAGCGUUAUACCUCGGUAGAGGGUGAUAUCGUAUGGACUUAGGGGAAAGUGGGUAGAACUGGUCGUAGUACAGUGAGGCGGAAGACUAUGUAACCUUAUAUUGAACAGGACAUUGUGUAACAACUGAAAGGUGAAAAAUAUCGCGAAACCAACAUGGUGUACGUGACUGUGAGAUAUGGAGACUGCGAGGAAGAAAUCUUCAAUCCUUUCUGCCGGGCCCGAAAUCUCUUACGGAGUAUCAAACAGAAAUGUCGGUGUAGAAAUGACUGUGAUAUUGAACUUUGUGAUGAAUCGGGUAACAUCAAAUUUCUCCGAGACGUUCCGAACAGAUAUGCUAAUGAGAUACUGACGGAGAGGGAGACAUUAGUCCUCCUGCGAGUAGAUAAAACAAGCGGGACGCCCGACACAUAUGUACCGUUACUAAAUGACGAAGAGUCCAUCAACGAUGAUUUUACGGCCAGGCUAGCUGGAAGAGGCAUGUUCGACAGUCGACCCGGAAGUAGAAGAGUCAGAUCAAAUACGCGGAGACAGAAAACGGACAAAAAUGGCGACAGAGAUCGCUCUAAAGAAAAACAGAAGUCGGCUCGUCCUGAGAAAAGAUCAAAGUCGAGACAAGGAAAAUAGACAUUCAAGGAAAACUGUUCACUGAGUGGCAACCACCGAUGAUGAACAAUAGUUGCUUCUCAUAUCAUCUUUGUGACAUUGGCAAUUCACUGCCUUUUAUUUUUUUUAUUUAUUAUUCUUCUUUUAUUUAAUUUACAUUCAGGGAAUCAUUUUACGAUGUACAGUCAUGAUUGGGUGUUCUUUUCAAUAAAGUAGUUAAUAUAAUCA